AUGGCUGAACACAAUCGAAUUUGUACAACUGAAACGAGACUGACAAUUCAUAAUAUUCCAAUCAAAAUUAUUAGUGAUAUUCUGGAAUUAAUCGAGCCAAUUUAUCGGCAUGCCAUCCGCAAAGUGUCUCGAAGUCUGCGAGCUGCGGUUGAUGCCAAAACAUCUGGCAUCAAAGUGAUAUCCUUCUGGAUGGGAAGCCAACAGGAUUUCAGACUAUUUUUUGAUGGAUUUCGUGUAAGAUACACUCAAAAUGACAGUGAUUGCAUCUUGAAAUGGGGAACUUUCGAGAAAAAUGAAAAAGUGAUCAAAAAAGGAUGUGCUUCUGAGAUAGCCUUCAACGAUUUUGGAAGACUUCUGACAAGUAAACUCAAUAAUUUGACUGUGUGGUUGGGAGAGGAAAAUGAAGAAUUCCGAAAAAAGACUUUUCAAUCAUUGAAGGUUGUUUUGAAUUCUGCGAGGUACAUUGAUGCAAAGAAAUUAACACUAAAUUCAUUUUCUGCUGAAGAAAUGGCUCAACUUAUGUCAAACUUUAAAGAGAGGUCGCUUCAGGAUAUUGUCAUUAAUCCAACAGAAAAUUUGGGUAGAUUUGCUGAAAUUGUACAGUUAAGACAAUGGAAGCACGCGAAAACUUUCUUAUGGGAUAAUUCAAAAGGAAAAUUGCACUCAGAUGUGGUGCCAAUUGAGCAUUUCUUUCAUUUUAAGCGAUUUUCGGCGAAUUAUCACAUUUUCUCAAUACAAGAUGCUUUCAAAGUUAGAGAUGUAAGGUUUUCAAAAAAAAAAGUUUAA